UAUUUUAACGAUUUAUUGCAAAUCAAUGCGAGCAGUUUAAUUAACUUCAAUUAAAGUCAAAGCGGCGACGUCUUCUAUAAAAACUCUAGGCGUGGAGGCAGCAGCACAUCAAUCUUCAUCUCCUAGCAGCACUAUGAACAAGUUUGUGUUUUUGGCCUGUCUCGCAGUGCUCGGCUGCAGUCGCUGGGCAGCGGCGCGUCCUGAUCUCAGUCGCCAGCUGUACAGCUACGGCAUUGGCCAGAAUGGACAGAGCAGCAGCGGUGUGGUGUCCACACCCGUCGUGACCACCAGCAGCUCCUAUCAGCCCACAGCCUCGGGCAGCGCGUACUUCAAUAGCGUGCCCUCUGUGGGGCAAAUCUCGUACGUGGGCAACUCCGGCUUUGUGCCCUCCACCCAGGUCAGUAGCGUAAGCGGCACUCAGUACAGUGGAGCUCAAUACACGGUGGGCAGUGGUGGCAGCAAUGCCAUCAGCGACAGCAUUGGCCUGGCUGGCAUUCAGCCUGGUCCGGCCAUCAACUACAAGGAGCAGGAGGCGUACAUUAGCCAUCUGGUUAACUUCCAGCCGCCGGUGGUGACCAAGCAUUUCUAUCUGCACACCGCUCCGGAGGAUCAUGAUGAGCAGCAGAUUGUGCGCUACGUCAAUGUGGGCAGACCACAGAAGAACUACCGCGUGGUGUUCAUCAAUGCGCCCACCUCGACCACCAGCAAGGCUAAGAUCAUUGCCAAUGUGGCGCCCGUCGAGGACAAGACCGCCAUCUAUGUGCUGUCCAAGAAGUCCAACGCGCUGGAUGUUAGCGCCGAGGUCGUCACCCAACGUCCCGUCAACAACAAGCCCGAAGUGUUCUUCAUCAAGUACAAGACGCCCGAGGAGGCAGCUCAUGCCCAGCAGACUAUCCAAGCCAACUAUGAUGCCUUGGGCGGCAGCUCACAGACCAGCGAUGAGGGCAUUGUGCCUGUCUCCUCGGUCAUCAACAGCUUGGGUGACAAUGGCGCCUCCGGUGUGCUCGCCGAUGGCUCUGGCGCCAUCAAUAUCGUUGGCACUGGCGGUGUGCCGCUGGUCGAUGCUGGCUCCAGCUCUGCUCAGUACGAUGUGGACAACAGCGGCAGCGGCAGCUCCAACUCCAACGCUCAGCUUGGCUUUGGUGGCAACACUGUCAUCCAGACCAACUAUCUGCCCCCCAAGCCCAUCAGAUCGGUCAAGUACUAAGAGCCCCAGAAUCCCCAAACACAGUCGCCAGCUGCUACACACACACACAUACACAGAGACAAACACACACACACACACAUACAAUUAGCUGUGCGAUUGUCUUGCUUCUAUUUGAAUAAUCCUUGACGAUUAUUUUGCUAGAAUUUGUCUAUGGAAACUUUUGCGUUAACUUUUAAGCAAUUUAUG